AUGCCUUAUGUGCUGUACCCAGCUCAGGGCGCUCCUGAGCUAGAUCAAAGCUUCUGCAACCCGGUCCUAACAACAGCAGCACUCCCGUCAUAUGCAUUUAGACCAGGUAGAAUCUGUUUCAUAGCUCCUGCAGUAUUCAUGCCCAUCCUCGCCGUAUCUUGGAAGAUAUUGCACAAGCUUCACUGCGACGCAGCCAACUUUCCAUCUAUGGGCAGCAUAACUCAUAGUUCCCAAGGCAUCAUUCAUACAUUCCACCUCUUUUAUGUCAGCUUGCUUAGCACUCCCUACGCGCUGGAGCGACUCAAGCCGUUGAAACCGUGUCCUGAAAGCUCGGCCGGCUCUUCAUUACUUGUCCUUGCUGCUGAAGGCUACUGGCUCACGAGUCGGCGUUUGAGAGGUGGUGUUGAAGACGAUGCGAUGAAAUGGACACGCGUAGAGGUUCCGAACCAGGGGUCAUGGUAUCGGCAACUGACGGCAAUGGAUCUGGGACGGAUCGGUCGUGGAGAAGGCGACCCACAUUGUUUGACUUCACCUCAUCGACACCACUUCAUGUGGUCUCUGUAUUCUCGCUCUCUUCGCUAUCCUGCUUCACGAAUGGUGCUGCGCCUCGGUUCGACCCUUGAUAUCCUGCGAUUUCGAGAACUACACUCCCGACCUUCCUGCCAAUCGCGAUCAAUUCUCGAGCACACCAAAUCUCAGUCGACAGUUUCGCAAUUCAGCAGUGAGAAUCCGAGCCGUCGUGAUCUCCUCGUGGUCAAAGUACAAUCCUGCACAAAAGAGCAGUCCAUUCCAGAAGGCAUCGCAGAAGACCUGCAAGACCGUGUAGAGGACUGUGAUGGGUCGAAAGGUAGAACCAUGAAGGGGUGCGGUGGAUCUGCUAUGACAUCGAGAGCUGAACAGAGUACGGGAGUAAGCCUGCUUUAUGGUUUCAACAUAGUAGGCUACAGAGUUUUGGCUGCUCGCUCCGACAUAUACAGCAGUCGCUAUCUCACCAUAUCCUCCUUCGCUCGAAGUGACUUGCUCCGCCGUCUCCUGGACCCGUCCUCUGUGUUCCAUCCUACAUCCUUCAAUCUUUGCUCUCCAAGCUCAGCGACGCUGUCAGGCAGCUAUCAGGCAUCUCUGCCUCAUCACCGCCGUGCCGAGUUCCGAAUAUCUGCUCACUUUCCAGGCUCUUGCAGCAGCGGUGAGGCCAUAAGUCGCUUCCUGACGGCCAAAGAUGUGAGCUUCUGGCCGGAUAUAUGGACUUUUGGCAAGGACGAGAACGCAUGGUCCGAGCGCCUUGCAUAUUUCACUUCGAUUCUUCUGAUGUCUGAUAUUUUCUGUCACGGCAGUAUAAGUAUUUCUCGAUUGUCUGCUUUCAACUUGAACUUCUUUCCUCCACUUCCAACACCAACCAACCAACCAACCAACAACCAUAAUCACACUCUCUUCCACCCUCAGCCUUCAUCAAUCUUCAUCAACCUUCAUCAACCUUCAUCAACCUUCAUCAACCUUCAUCAACCUUCAUCAACCUUUAUCAACCUUUAUCAACCUUCAUCAACCUUUAUCAACCUUCAUCAACCUUCAUCAACCUUCAUCAACCUUCGUUAUGUCUUACCAUCAACUAUCAACAUCAUCAUUAAGGCAAGUCCAUUACCCUCGCUGACCAUCAUCCGCGCCCCCCUCACUGACUGA